UCAAUUUGUUCACGACUUUUUGCAACAAAUAUCAUUGGAAGUCGUAAUAAACGAAAUCGAAAGACUACAAAAAAUGGAUUCCGAACUAGUCGACUUCAUUUCACAUCUUGGCGACGAUGUACCAUUCUCGCCAUACCGGCAACUAAAUGAAAUGUGGCAAGAGCUUGAAGAAUAUUUCGACCGGCGUUGCUUCGACAUUGAUGAGUAUUUGGACGAAAUUCUUCCCAACGCGCAUCCAGUAUCUACCAUGCAGUAUGACAUUCCGUCCGACGAACCGCAACUCAUGACAGCGGACGAAUUAUUGCGAAGUUUUGCCAUUCCGGAAUCGUUCUUCAAUGAUUUAAUUGUCGAUCCUCCAGCGUUGAAAGACCGGAAUCGAGUUACCGAUGAACUAUUGUUGGAUUCUGUGCGAUCACAAACAUUUUGUUACACCGGUCGCAAAUACGAACAUCCGUUCAAAGAGUUCGUAUCUGCUCGGGUCAACUCAGGUGUUCCACUUCGAAAUGAUUGUAUUGCCGACAGCGAAAUGACCUCGACUCCGUUGAUGUCGAUGUCAUCCAACUUAGAAUGGCUGUCGGUGCUUCAUAAACAGCACCUACAACUGGGCGUAACAGCAGAGGUGAUGGUCAAAAAUGUGUUGCUUGAAAAAUCGGUAAUUCUACCGACUCAAACCGAAGUCAAAAAAGUGAUUCAAAUGCUUUUCAAGAACUUGAACAGCUACAUCGAUCGUCUAUCCCUUGAAUUCGACGAUCACAAAUUUUUUGACACAUCGCGGCUUAGCGAGAUAGCACAAAAAUUACAACAGAAAAUACUGUCCCAUUCUAACGUCGAAACAAAACCGCUGCUCGACAUAUUACUGCAUUGGAUGGAGAUGAUUACUACAUCUUUUGCCGACAUUAAUGACAAACGACGCGAGAUCGAAGAAAUUGUUUCCGAGAAAAUCAUCAACGAAGCGGCUCAGAUCUAUCGUAGACGACUGAUGUCAUCGGAUCGGAAUGAGAGUAAUCGGUCGAUUUGGUAUAAGAGCGAGAGCGACAUCAUUUGCCAAGGAAUACGGCAUGCGUAUGCUAACUGCGGAGAGGUCCUUAUUGCACGUGUGGUGAGUCAGCUUGAAAAACGUCUGGAAAAGGAAGGCGCAGCUAUUAACGAACUUAGAACUGCUCCCGUUAAUUCAACUGUUUCGAGUGGCAUCCACGUAAUAGUUGACUUACUUGUGUCGGAAUACGCCAGCAAUAUCAAUCAGAAAGGGCUGCAAUGUGCUGGCAUAUCGACACUUAAGCAAUUCGAAGAUGUUAAUGUAACUUGUCUCAAAGACAUUUGGAACAAUUUCGACAGAAAAACGAGUGAAAUUCCGUUCUCUGAGAGAAUUGAACUAAAGAAACAGCUGGUUUCAAAGCUAGACUCGGAAUCAAAUUCCAAACGAUUGGAAUUCAAAAGAUCACUGAAAGCAACUGUACCAACGGCUGUUUCAUCUGCGAGCUCCCUUACCAAAUCUGUUGGAAUUCAUUUUGGAUUCGAGACAAUUACCGUCAGCUAUUACGAUAGAGUUGGUAACAGUUUCCGGACUAUCUAUGGACCUAUAGCGAAUGUUGUUUCGUUUUCACCUAACGGAAUCUCCAUUGGGCUAAUACCAUCUAAUUCACUUUCUCUAAACAUGGAAGAUCUUCUCAAAAAGUUGACGGUGGUGGAUCGCACAUAUGAUACAAAAUGUCAUGGGGAACUAAAGAUUGAGUCAAUUAUAGCGUUGAUGCUCAUGUACAUUGACCAAAUCGCAAAGCAGAGCCUACACGCAACUUCGAAAAUUCAGUAUGCCAUAGCCAUUCCAUCCUGUCUUAACGAAGUAAUGCAAAGUGUUUUCAAAACUGCCAUCAAAGCUGCCAACAUUGCUUGCAAGCUGAUUCGCGAACAGUGUGCGCUAACGACCAAUUUUGUUCGGGAACUCCACCCAGCUAUGAGUAAAAACAAGGAUGAAUUCGUUGUAGCGAUGAUAGUCAAUAAGAAAGAAGCGUGCGACUCGGUCGUAUACGGAAUCGAUGAAAGUAUGAAAAUAAAAGUUUUGAGUGCCAGUGGAGCCGAAGAUAACAGAAAUUCUUGGAGGUGGACGCGUGAUACUGGAGUCAACAACGAACUGAAAAAAAUUGAAAGAAAAUGCAACAGGCGAAUUCGUUUCCUUAUUUGCGGCAAAGAUCAAGACAUCUUCAGGCAAAUCAAAAAUAAAUUUAAAGAACCGAAAGUUCAUCUACUCAAAUUCGAUUCAAAUCGACUUGCUGAAGGAGCGGCGUUAUUAUCUUAUGCCGGUUAUGGUUACAGUUUAGACUGUUCUUUUGAUCUUCUCAAUCUGGCAUCGAUCAAAGAACUGUCUAGUGGCGGCCUCAGUUAUCGUUUGAAUCACACGACAAACAGUCCUAACUAUCAGAAUCUUCCAAAACUGUCAAUGCAAUUGCGCAGCAUAAUUGAUAAUCAGAUUAAGGAACUUGGUGAAUGUAAGGCAGCUACACAACAGAUCAUAGUGGGAAAGAUGAAGGACUUGGAAGAAUCGCGUCUCGCAGGACGGGAGAAGGAAAAAUUUCGACAAACGUUGACAAAUGAUUUAAAAGAAGUUGAUGUGGAAUUGAUGAAUCAAUGGGUGGUUGAGCGCAUCGCUGAAAAUUGGAAGACAAAACAAUUUUAAGGGAUGUUGACGCACGAUUUCAUUUCUAUAAAUAUUUUUUUUUGAAUUAAUUGGAAG